AUGGCCCAUCAUGGAAACGGGCAUACACGAUUUAACAGGUCGAUGAGGAAACGCUACCAGUCAGAAGAAGGCGGGCUUGGUGGCGCGGACCAGGUUCCCGCUGCUAGUGAUUCGCCGAUCAGGAUAUUGCAAGAGGCGGUGGUGUCUGGGGUGGACCGUGAGCUGGUGACUGAUCAAGGAGUUCAGAGUCAGCACUCACAAGGUAGUGGGCCAGUAAUACAUCUGAAACGCAUGGAGUCGAAUACAUCCACAGACGAUAAGACGACAGUCGUUGCAACAGUUGUCAACGUGGUGGAGAGCGGCUCGCAGACGACGGGGCUGAGCACAACAGAAACCGCCUCCGCCACAUCUGACGAGUCCACUCAGGCAACGACAUCUGGUUUAUCGGCGAAGUCGGGUUCUGUCACGGCACCAACUUCGGCAUUGGUUAACCAGCAAACGACCGCAUCUCCAGCGUAUUCUUCGCCUACCGCAGAUACUCCCACUGUGACCACGGCCACUGAUCCAUCCGCUUCUGUCUCUCCGUCCAGCCUAAAUUCGUCCAAAACAUCAACCCCUCUCUUUGGCAAUACCGCCGCCCAUCCUCCGGCAUCCUCGACCCCUAUUCGACCGACAAGCACAGGCACCGACUCGAGCACGAAUUCGACUCAGAGUACUAGCACAACUAGCACAACAGUUAACACAUCGACUUCCGGAGUGUCCUAUGUUGAUGGUUACCAGUCUGGCACGACGACAUCUUACGUUUCGUCUGAAACGGCGACGACAUCUUACGUUUCGUCUGAAACGGCGACGACAUCUUACGUUUCCUUCGAAACGGCGACGACAUCUUCCUCGUGGUCCGAUACGUCUUCUUACGCUGGAGCCUGGGGGACGGCCACGAAUGGUGUAGGAGGAGGGGCGGAUGCCACUGCUACCGGACAGUCGCCAUCGGCAACCGCCGCGGCCGCCUCUGGCGGUCUCAGCACUCAAACCAAAGGUCAGAUUGCUGGCGGUGUUGUUGGCGGAGUGGCGGGGGCCAUGGUAUUCGUCGUCUUGCUUUGGCUCCUGCUGCGCCGGCGCAAGAGGGCUAUUCUUCCUCAGACACGUGACGCUCUUCCUGCAGCGGACAUGACUGGUACAGCUACUACUGAGGGAUCCAUUACCCGCUCAGCGGAGAUGACUUCGCGUCGAUCCAGCAAUGAUCCCUUGUUUACCGCCUCGUAUUUUGCUCCAGCUUUCAUGCAGCGGUGGCGACAAUCGCACAUGACCACCCGGACGACGGAAUCCGUGUGCUCCGAUAGCAGCGAACGUGGUUUUCAGAAGAUCUCGGGCCGGAAGAUCCCCUCUGUGUUGCAUUCUGGCGGAGAUGGAUAUGGUGGGGGUGUUGAGCAGACCUCGCCGACGGCAUCCGAGCCCAGCUCUACCUAUGCUGCACCCGGAUCCCCUGUCAUCCCACGGUCGCCUCCUUCACAGCCGCCAUUGACUACACCAUAUGGCAUGCCCCUAGACACCAGCUACACGCGAGAGGCUGAUGAGCCUGCCCCAGUGGUCAAGUUCCGUCCCUCUCCCGCUCGAACCCCCGUGACGGGGUCGGCCAAUGCUAGUCUGCACAACGAACCUUCCGCCCCGCGUAUGAUCCCGUCUGUGCAUGUGCAGGUAUCCGGAUCUCUUUCGCCGACGAUGCCCAAACGGCCAGAUGCGUUAGGUCGAAGUCAUCCCAGCUUCGAUGGUAGCCGAGGCAGUCGGUUCACAGAGAGUAUCUAA